GAAUUCGAAUUUGACAGUUGAAAAACAAAAAUCGCCAAGCUACGAAUUGACGAAUAAAAAUAAUAACCUGGUUGAGAUUAUAUCAAAGUAAACAGACCGGCAAAUCUACAGUUAUUAAUUUAUAGAAACUCCAUUGAAAUCAUCAGUUUGCGUUACAACCUGAAAACGAUGGCGUGUUUUUUCAAUAAAGCUCUUUCAAGGGAAUCCUUGAGAAAUAUUUUACAUGAUUUUGAAAUAAUUCCAGAACAACACAGAUUGAAGUUAUGGACAAUUAUAUUGAACCUGCCAAACAACAAGGCUCAGUACAUGUGUUUGAGAGAAACAAAGAAAAAAUUACCCAGCAAUAUUGUGCUACAGGAAGAAGAUGGACUUGGAAGCAAUACGAAAGUUUGCAAUCGAGUCAUUCAAAGCCUGCUUGCACAUUGUCCAUCACUAGAACAAUUCCGUCAUUUUAACUUGGCUGAUUAUGUAUGUCCUUUUGCUGGACUUCUAGCAUCACAUGAGUUGAUAUAUUUUGAGAUCAUGCUAUCUAUUCUUAUGAAUUGGUGCCAACACUGGUUUGAUCAUAUUCCUUUGCCUCCAUACACACUCUUGUCUAUGCUGGAUAUUAUAAUGCUGAAAAAUCAUCCUGAUCUGUACAGACACCUUGCAAACUUGGGAAUAAGAGCUAUUGAUUAUGCUUGGAGAUGGAUGAGAACCUCUUUUCGUACAAUAGUUGAUCCUCGGGAAUUCCUUACAUUAUGGGAUCAUAUAUUGGUCAAUGAACCCAAUUUUCUGUAUUUUAUUCCACUGGCAGCUUGCAAACUCCAAGGUCGAUACCUGAUUGAGCUUUCGACACACGCUGAAAUAAUGGAAGUGCUUCACAGUGCCACACCCCUUGAUGCACAAUCUUUGUUAAAAGAGGCUUAUCAAAUGAAUGCUGCAACACCCAAGGAAUUGCAACUCAAUCAAAUGCAUCCUUUCCACCCAUUGGUUCCUGGUUAUUACCCAACAUUAAAUCCCACUGAAUUGAUUACUUUUCAAGAUCACCCUUUUCAAACAGAGAGGAGUGAUCUAAGCAAUCUCAGCAGACUUCUUGCCAAAGUUGAAGAAACUGGAGCUGAAGUAGAUGAAGUCAUAAAAGAAGGAAUGGCAUUAAGGCGUUGGAUGAUUGGCAAAUAGGCAACUGGGCUCAGAGGCACACAGCGAAAUGUAAUCAAAUUUAAGUUUUUUCCAUCCUAUUGUAUAAUUGCUUGCAAGAAACUGCAAGAAAAUACGUGUGAAAUAGCCUGUAUAAAAUUUAAAUUCAAAAUCACUAUUGUACAUAUUGCCAUUGUUAAAAAAUUGUGACUAUUUUCGAAAUAGUUCCAUCAAAACACAAAAUUGUUAAUAAAACGUAAAAAAAUAUACUCAAAUAUCAAUCGAAUAAUCCCAAUAUCAAUCUCGAUCCAAAUACAAAAAAACCAUAUUUUUAAAACUUCCAGAUGUGUAUAUGUACGGCUUGGCAAUGGUGUCGGAUGUAGGUAAAAAUAGAAUUUUCAGUUUUUGAAGUGCACGUGAUGUGCUCGAUCCUGAGCUCUGCUGAGUUGCUGGUAGAGGACGAACAGCGGGUUGAAGCUGUUUGUCGGCAGUUAUAUUGUGAACACAAAGACAAGAAACUAUGUGUAGAAGAAAUACAGUAGUGUGCUCAGUGCAGCAGACAGAAUUACUGGCAUGAUCUGGUGCCAAACUGAAAAGCAGUCUUGCGUAGAGGUCGUUUUCUUUGUUGGGUCACUGUGAUAUCAAAUAUACCUACACAAACUCUGUCUGACUUGUACAGGCUUCAGUGCUUCAACCCCUACACGUAUUGUCAACAUUCAUGGUCUUCUUUACAAAAUUUUGUGUUCGAUCUUGUUGGCCAGAAAUACGUUCCUCGUUCUGAAUUUUAACAUUCGUGAAUUAAUAGUGAAAUGGCAACAGAAACUAGUGGAACAACUAUAGGAAAAGGCCGAUUUGUCGUGCGUAGCUACGGGGCUGCAACUACCACCAAUGCCCCGACCAAUCAAACAGAACAAGACGAUCCAGGGGACGGCCAUGAGGAACAGCCCUUUGUCACUGACAAGAAGGAGAAUGACCUGAGCGGCUACGAGCGCAAUCUCUAUCUCUAUCAUGAGGAGAGCGAGGAAGGUCGCCCGCGAGUGGCUACGCUGGUCAGCUCGCUGGCCAACUACAGUGCCACUGUCCAGGCGCCAACGGAUCCGGAUGCGCCCGACAAGGCCAAGAGCUCGCCCAAGCUCGGCACCCUGGCCGGCGUCUAUUUCCCGUGCAUGCAGAACAUUUUCGGCGUCAUCCUCUUCAUCCGUCUGACGUGGAUCAUUGGCACGGCCGGCAUCGUCCAGGGAUUUUGCCUCGUCACCAUGUGCUGCACCUGCACCAUGUUGACAGCCAUUAGCAUGAGUGCUAUAGCAACGAACGGCGUCGUGCCGGCGGGGGGUCCCUAUUUCAUGAUCUCCCGUAAUUUAGGUCCCGAAUUCGGCGGCGCCAUAGGCCUCCUGUUCUACAUCGGAACCACUUUUGCCGCUUCGAUGUACGUCGUCGGCGGCAUCGAAAUCCUGGUGAAUUACAUUGCGCCUCAAAUCGCUUUGUUUGGUGAUCCGGCCAAGGACCCGGAAGUCCUCUACAACAAUUUACGGGUCUACGGCACGGCCUUGUUAUUUAUCAUGGGCAUUGUGGUGUUCAUCGGCGUCAAACCCGUCAGCAAGGCGGCCCCGCUGGUCCUGCUAUGCGUCAUCCUCUCCAUCAUAUCCAUCUACGUCGGCAUCGGACUCAACUGGAACGGUUCUGAUAAGCUGUGGAUGUGUUUGCUGGGUAAUCGACUGCUCUCGCAAGAAAAUUCGGGAAAUUGCACCAAAGAGGAAGGAUCGGCUUUGUGGAAUUUGUAUUGCAAGUACACAGACGAGAUCGUGGAAGGAGUCUCCAACAUCGGUGCCAAUUUGACCAGCAGAGCGGUCAAAUGCGAUCCUUACUUCCUUUCGCACAACACCUCGCUCGUCCCGGGCAUCCACGGAUUGGCCAGCGGAGUUUUCAUGGAAAACUUGGGAGCCUGGCAUUUAGGUAGCGGCCAAGUAGUGGGCAAGACCAUGAAUGCCGUCGACGUCGAGACUCUGGAUCAGCCGCCUUACAACCAGGUGAUGGCUGAUAUUUCGACGAGCUUCACCUUAUUGGUCGGCAUCUUCUUCCCCAGCGUGACUGGUAUCAUGGCCGGCUGCAACCGCUCGGGAGAUUUGGCCGAUGCCCAGCGAUCCAUCCCCAUCGGAACCAUCAGCGCCAUUCUGACCACCAGCGUCGUCUACAUCAGCGCCGUCUUCUUAUUCGGUUCGACGUUUGACAACCUCAUCAUGAGAGACAAGUUUGGACAGAGCAUUGGUGGCAGCUUGGUCGUUGCUAAUUUGUCUUGGCCCAACGAAUGGGUCAUUCUGAUUGGAAGUUUCAUGGCCACAACUGGUGCCGGCCUGCAGAGUCUCAUCUCGGCUCCUCGGCUCCUCUACGCCAUCUCCAAAGACAAUUUGGUGCCCAUGCUGAACCCUUUUUCGACUCUGUCGGCUUCCGGCGAACCCACUCGCGCCCUCUUGCUGACUCUCGCCAUUUGUCAAUUCGGAGUUCUAUUGGGCAACAUCGAUGUUCUGGCUCCGCUGCUCUCCAUGUUCUUUUUGAUGCUCUACGGAUUCAUCAAUCUCGCCUGUGCCCUUCAGACACUGUUAAGGACGCCCAACUGGAGGCCGCGAUUCAAAUACUACCACUGGUCGCUGUCUUUCAUCGGAGCUUCGCUCUGCGUCGCCGUCAUGUUCAUGUCUAGUUGGCUCUAUGCUCUGAUUGCCAUCGCUCUGGCCACCAUCAUCUACAAGUACAUUGAAUAUCGCGGAGCCGAGAAGGAGUGGGGAGACGGAAUAAGUGGCCUGGCUUUGAGUGCAGCCCGAUUCAGUUUACUCCGGCUGGAGGAGGGACCGCCCCACAUCAAAAAUUGGCGUCCACAGAUCCUGACCCUAUGCAAAAUGAAUGCCUACCUCGCACCCAAACAGCGCAAACUGUUGGCUCUCGCCUCCCAGUUGAAAGCUGGCAAGGGAUUGGCCGUCGCCUCGUCUAUCCUCCAAGGUGACAUCGCCAUGUGCACCGACGAAGCGACCACGGCCAGACAGAACUUGCGCAAAGCUAUGGAUGACGAAAAGGUCAAGGGCUUUGCUAACGUGCUGGUUGCCAAGGAUGUCGGCCAAGGCAUUGUCCAUCUGAUCCAGUCGACCGGUUUGGGUGGAUUGAAACCCAACACGGUUAUCUUUGGAUGGCCAAACGGUUGGCGCCAGUCGAUAGAGGAGGAUCGAUCGUGGCGCGUCUUUGUCGAUGCCAUUCACACCGCAGCGGCCAACAAGAUGGCGCUGAUUGUGCCCAAAGGAAUCUCAUCUUUCCCCGAUUCCACCGAGAAGAUCUACGGCCAUAUCGACGUCUGGUGGGUUGUUCACGACGGCGGCCUGCUGAUGCUGCUGCCCUUCCUGCUGCGCCAGCACCGCACUUGGCGCCAUUGCAAGAUGCGUCUGUUCACCGUUGCUCAGCUCGAGGACAAUUCCAUUCAGAUGAAAAAAGAUCUCAAGACUUCCCUCUACAAUUUACGUAUUGAUGCCGAGGUCGAAGUCGUAGAAAUGAUGGAUAGCGACAUUUCGGCUUAUACUUACGAACGGACUCUGGUGAUGGAGCAGCGCAAUCAAAUGUUGAAAGAGAUGCAACUCAACAAGCGAGAUCCAUCUGGCGUGAGUGCGGAGGUCGGUGAGGUCCAAGCCGUCGUCGACCAGCACCGACACAACGUCAAGGUGCGCUUCCAGGAUGAAGCCGGUCAUCCGACCGAGGCGGAUGGUUUGAAGGAAGUCAAAGUGGAACAGCCGACGGAACCUGCCGCUGCGGCUGCAGUCACUCCCUCCGCUGAAGCUUUGCCAGCGGCUGAGAAUUCCAUCCAGAAGAGCUCAAUGGUUAUUCCAACCGUUUCAGUCGACGCUCCGCCGGCGAGUCCAACGUCUUCCGAGCGGGUCGACCAGCCAUGCCCGACUCCGGCGCCCACCAAGAGCAAUAAGGAAACUCUACAGGAGCCGGAUGUCGAAAACGUCCGACGGAUGCACACAGCCGUCAAGCUCAAUGAGGUCAUUGUCCAGCGGUCGCACGACGCCAAAUUGGUCGUGCUCAAUUUGCCAUCGCCGCCGAAACAAACCCGCCUGGGAGGAGGGUCUAACUACAUGGAGUUUUUAGAGGUUUUAACGGAGGGUCUGGACCGAGUCCUCAUGGUAAAAGGUUGCGGACGAGAAGUCGUCACCAUCUAUUCUUAGAAUCGAAACCAUCGAGGAGAGCGUACUCCACCACAAAGCGUCGAGUGCUAGACAAAAAAGAAAAAAAAAAGAACUGAAUCAAAAGUUCUCUAGAUACAAAUGCGUCGAAUGAGUGCACUUUGACAUGACGCUUACUCAUGCGCCCCAUCUUCACCCCCCUCCAAUUCCCAUAAUUGUCCGGCGAAUUUUGCGCUCGGCUUUGCCAUUUUUCCUUUGACGGUUACAACAUCCUUUGCGUUCCAUAUAGUUUGGUUUUUCUUCGUCGAGUUCACUAUUUAUUUAUUCAUCCAAUUUUUUGGUGUGUUUGAGUGAAUGCGGUGUGUGGCGUCUCCUCUUUUUUAAUGAUCUUUCUUCUAUUUAUCCGGUUACCUAUUGAUUUGCCAGCAGCGCAUUUAAGGGUCAUUUGGGAAAGGGUUUGGGAGUCUUGGACAAUGGUUGCUUUUUUCUACACCGGUAUUUGUUACGGUGAACCAUUUGUUUUCUUUUUUACAUCGACAUAUAGGGGUCAUUAACUCUUUACACCGUUAGUAAGAUUGCCGAUCACUGAUCAGCGGUCUGUUGUUAUGAAAGGUUUUUUUCUUGCUUUCUUCGUGAAAAAAUCGAUUCACUGAGUGAAAAGGGGAAUUCUUGUCGAUCCCCCUUUUAAUUUUUCAUAUGGAAAACUUUGUUAGUUUCGGCGAUAAGGGCAAUAGGAAGGUGAAAAUAUGGAAUCGAAUGAUUUUAUUCGACGUUUUUCUCCGACAAACAAACAAACGGAAAUGUUUCAGAAUUUAGGCAAAAAGCAUUGCGUGUCGAUAAAAUUUAACCCCCCCCCCCCCCCGAUGAAUGUGUCAUGAAACUGUUCGAUUGGACAAUCGUUUUGCUCGAGAGAUGUUGGUAGCGUGAACGGGCGUAGCCAUCACAACCAGACUUAGACCUGCCGUGGGCAAGAAAAGAAAAAUACUGUAGCAUUGUUCUCUUCAUUGUUCUCUAAAUACUAAUAAAGUAGUGGAGUAGAUAAAGAUGAAAUUGACUUGCGAUAAGACGAGUUGUUAUUUGAUUGAUUCCUACCGCUCUUGCACGAUCCAUCGCUUUGCGAUUGGGGUCCAGCGGUGGAAGUUAACAACGUAUUCAUUCGUCAGUAUGCUAGGAAAUUGCCACUAAAUAUUCAAAACCC